GGCUGCACAUGCGCAGUUUGUGGCGAGAAGACCGUUAGAUUAGGCUUGGAAAUACGUGUAGCAGUAUGGUUAAUGUUAGGUUUAAAAUCAGAUUUUAAGAAGAUAAUUGUAGAAAUUGUCUGGGUUUAGCCAUAAUUAUGACUUUGUGGCUGUGGUAACUAGUGACGAUCCUCCAACUGAAUCCUUCAACAGAGAACCAAAAAAAUGGCGGAAGCACCUCCAUGGCCCAGACGGUUUUUCUGUCACAGAUGUUCGGAAGAGAUCAGCCCUCGUCUUCCCGAUUACACAUGUCCUCGGUGUGAAUCUGGCUUUAUCGAGGAACUGCUGGAGGAGAGACGCAGUGAAAAUGGGUCCACAUCCACCAUUUCCAGCGGUGACCAGAACCAACAUCCAUUUGAGAAUGUGGACCCUUCAAAUAUAUUUACAUUCCCCUCGGGUUACGGCCAGUUCGCUAUGGGUGUCUUUGAUGACUCCUUUGACUUCGGAGCGGGGCUGGGAGGAGCAGGGUUGGGAGGAGCAGGGUUGGGAGGAGCAGGGUUGGGAGGAGCUGGGCUAGGAGGAGCUGGGUUGGGAACAGAGGACAACCGCGACGCAGAGAUCCGGCGAGAACGGGAGAUGGCAUCACGGCAGCGAUACGGCGCCAGGCAACCUCGCGGUCGCCAUGGCGUCAGGAGGCAGGCAGGGAGACCGGAGGGAGUGCCCACUUUAGAGGGAAUCAUUCAGCAGCUAGUGAAUGGAAUAAUCGCCCCUACGGCAGUGCCAAAUAUUGGUGUGGGACCCUGGGGCGUGCUUCACUCAAACCCCAUGGAUUACGCCUGGGGUGCCAACGGACUAGAUGCAAUCAUUACACAGUUAUUAAAUCAGUUUGAGAACACUGGCCCUCCGCCAGCUGAUGGGGACAAAAUCAUGAGCCUUCCCACAGUCCUAAUCACACAGGAGCAUGUAGGCUCUGGUCUAGAAUGUCCAGUGUGUAAAGAAGACUACUGUGCUGGAGAAAACGUUAGGCAACUUCCAUGUAAUCAUUUGUUUCACAAUGAUUGCAUAGUACCCUGGCUUGAACAGCACGACACAUGUCCAGUGUGCAGGAAAAGCUUAAGUGGACUGAACACAGCCAUGAAUCCUCCAAGUCUAUCAGGGAUGAACUUUGCCUCUCCCUCUGCACCCCCGUCCUCCAGCUCAACCAGCAAUGAGAACUCGGCCAACAACUCCUAAAAAACAUUUCCCUUCCCACACAACCUAGUGAACUGCCCCUCAGCCAUUUGGGUACCAGUCUCACCCUGUCAAGGGGAGCUGAGAGCAACCACCCAGUCUCCUCCUCACCUGGAUCACUGCCUCACACUGGACCGGAGCCAGCAGGAAUCCAAUUAAAUGAAAGUCAGUAUGUUUCUGCCCCACCCGAGGCUCUCCUCAAGCCUUCAGGAAUGUUGCUUCUUGCUGCGUGGAAGGAUGGAUUUGGCCCUCUGCCUGGGGAAGAUAUGGAGAAUAGGAACAUUAGGAGGGUCACUCUCUGGAUAACCUCAACAUGCAGCAAACAGAACAAGACAGUUAGUCGUGCAUUCUGAGGGGGGACUGGGGGAGAGAUUUUCUGGUCUUCUCUCACCAAGUCAGUUGUUUUUUAAAUAAUUUUUUUGACAUGUUUUAUGAGCAUUCAUAUUUGUACUGCUAAAGUUAUUAAAUGAAAACUUUCAGGAGUAAAGGAGGCUGAGUAUAGGCUGUGUACUUGGUUUGGAUUCUGCAGCUAUUGCAUGGAUUGGAAACAUCAAAUUUGAAGUGCUUUUCUCAAACAGAAAAGCGUUUACCCUUCAUACAAUGUACUUUUAAAUUGGGGGUUGGUUCAUUCAAUCAGUUUCUUAUUGACUGAAGUUGUGUGUGCACCAUUGUUUUGCCCUUUGAAUUAAGAAACAAACUACAUUUGGCUUUGUGUUUUUUGGAGAACUGACUUGGGUGCUGGAUUAAGUCAAAGGUUACUACAUUCCUCUUUGUAACGACAGAGGUAAAGAUCCAGUAGUUAACCUGCUAGACAGAUUCUAACAGCCUUUUCUCAUUCGAUCAUACAUAAUCAGCAAGUUUCAGUGAAUUGGUUGUUUCAAAAAUAUAUUAUAAGUGAAUUCAAUGUUUUUGUACAAUUCACAGUAGAAAAUUUAAGUGAAAUAUAAAUAUUUAAGUAAAUAUAUAGAUUUGCAGAUAAUGUAAAACCCUGAACAAAACAUGAACUGAUGAGAAAAUAAAGAUGUCUGGGUGCUACCACUCAAUACACAACUUACAAACAUAUCUAGAUGGAAAUCUGAUCCUCAGUAGUUAAAACAUGAAUACAUACCUCUUUAUUGUCCCCAAAAUACCAAUACUAUCAGACCAAUAUCUUGUUAACUCACAGGUUGUCUGGAUUUCAGUCACUCAGUGUGUAUGUAUUUCCUCAUGCCUACAUGGGUUUGACACUAGAUGGGAGUGUAAUACAAAAUGGCUACUGUUAUGUGGUGGGCCGUAGCAAGCUAUCUGGUUCAGUUUUUGAGAUGAUUGAGAGCUCUCGAAGGAGGAACUUCUGAACACAUUUUUUUUCAAAACGCCGUCGGGUACUAAAUUGUAAAAAAAAUCAAAUCUCUUGUACUAUUUCCGCCAUUUUCUAGCUCACAAAUGACAUUCCUUUGCUGUGAUUUAUUUAUUUUAUUAAUUAUUGUCUGUCACUUGUCUCACAUGAUCUAUUCAGCUCUCCUGUGUUCUACUCCCAGAGAAAAUGAAUAAUACAAGGUGCAAUUUCGGAAUGGUUGUGGGUAUGCAGACCCACCAGCCACUGUCCCCUCAUGAUGAGUUCCAUUUUUUUGUGGCUCACAAAGUUUCCCAUCCCUGGCAUAGAUGGUAAAGCUUUCAUUUCUGGAUUGUAAGAUUGUGGCCUCAAUGGCACUUGAUUGGUAGGUUAUACUAUAUUUAGAGUAACUUGCGAAAGUAUUCACCCCCUUGGCAUUUUUCCUAUUUUGUUUGCCUUACAACCUGGAAUUUAAAUUAAUUUGGGGGGGAUUUGUUUCAUUUGAUUUACACAACAUGCCUACCACUUUGAGGAUGCAAAAUAUUUUUUGUGAAACGAACAAGAAAUAAUACAAAAAAACAGAACUUGAGCGUGCAUAACUAUUCACCCCCCCCCCCCCCCCCCCGAAGUCAAUACUUUGUAGAGCCCCCUUUUGCAGCAAUUACAGCUGCAAGUCUUUUGGAGUAUGUCUCUAAGCUUGGCACAUCUAGUCACUUGGAUUUUUUCCCAUUCUUCAAGGCAAAACUGCUCCAGCUCCUUCAAGUUGGUUGGGUUCUGCUGGUGUACAGCAAUCUUUAAGUCCUACUACAGAUUUUCAAUUGGAUUGAGGUCUGGGAUUUGACUAGGCCAUUCCAAGACGUUUAAAUGUUUCCCCUUAAACCACCUGAGUGUUGCUUUAGCAGUAUGCUUAGGGUCAUUGUCCUGCUGGAAAUUGAACCUCCGUCGAAGUCUCAAAUCUUUGGAAGACUGAAAAAGGUUUCCCUCAAGAAUUUCCCUGUAUUUAGCGCCAUCUAUCAUUCCUUCAAUUCUGACCAGCUUCCCAGUCCCUGCCGAUGAAAAACAUCCCCACAGCAUGAUGCUGCCCCACCAUGCUUCACUGUGGGGAUGAUGUUCUUGGGGUGAUGGGAGGUGUUGGGUUUGCACCAUACGUAACGUUUUCAUUGAUGGCCAAAAAGCUAAAUUUUUGUCUCAUCUGACCAGAGUACCUUCUUCCAUAUGUUUGGGGAGUCUCCCACAUGCCUUUUGGCAAACACAAAACGUGUUUAAUUUUUUUUCUUUAAGCAAUGGCUUUUUUCAGGCCACUCUUCUGUAAGCCCAGCUCUUAUCUUUUGUAUUUCACUUCACCAAUUUGGACUAUUUUGUGUAUGUCCGUUACAUGAAAUCCAAAUAAAAAUCUAUUUAAAUUACAGGUUGUAAUGCAACAAAAUAAGAAAAACGCCAAGGGGGAUGAAUACUUUUGCAAGGCACUAUAGUGUUAGGAAAGUUUAUCUGUGAUUUUACUUUUUUAUUUUACAUUUUGUCAUUUUAGCAGAGCGACUUGCAGUGAUGAGUGGAUACAUUUUUUUUUUCCUUUACUGGUCCCUUGUGGGAAUCAAACCCACAACCUUGGUAGAGCAUGGCAUUUGCAACUCCAACUGAGGCACAGGGGAUGGAUCAUUUUUGGACGUCUAAGCUUUGACAUUAGCCCAUUUGAAGUUGGCAUUUCAAAAUGUUUAGGUAUGGUUUAGGAUAGGGACGUCUCAAAGAUUCUGGAUUGCACUAACCUUUUACUCAUGGAUGUUAUUCUCAUACAAUGGCAGACAACCAUGUUGUUUCCUCUUUUUGUGAGCAUGCGAUGUUCCUUAAUUAUGGAAGCUGUAGAGGAAAGCUGGUGAAUUAUUGGCAAUGCCCCUAUACUACAUUGCAUUGGAGAAAGUGACAGCUUGAGAUUUGUAUUUUGAUCAUAACAUCAACAAAAACAUUGUGGCAAGAAAUAAAGGAUUUCUGAUCUUCAGUGUUGGAAAAAGUACUCAAUAGUUUAAAAGUAAAGAUACAUUAAUAGAAAAGUACUCCAGUGAAAGGCACCCAGUAAAGUACUAGAGUAAAAGUGAAAACGUAUUUGGUUUUAAAUAUACUUAAGUAUCAAAAGUAAAUGGAAUUGCUAAAAUACAACUAUCAAAAGUAAAAGUAUAAAUCAUUUCAACUUCCUUAUAUUAAGCAAACCAGACGGAACAAUGUUUAUUUUUAGAUGGAUAGCCAGGGGCACACUCCAACAUAAUUUACAAAUGAAGCAUUUGUGAUUAGUGAAUACCCCAAAUCAGAGGCAGUAGGGAUGACCAGUGAUGUUCUCUUAAUAAGUGUGUGGAUUUGACCAUUUUCCUGUCAAAAUGUAACGAGUACUUUUGGGUGUCAGGGAAAAUGUAUGGAGUAAAAAGUACAUUAUUUUCUUUAGGAAUGUUGUGAAGUAAAAGUUGUCAAAAAUAUGAAUAGUAAAGUACAGAUGGUCUCAAACUACUUUAGUAGUACUUUAAUUAAAGUAUUUUUACUUAAUUACUUUACACCACUGCUGAUCUUGUACUUACUCUUACAAAUGUACCGAUCCUGUGUUUUAUACCCAGCCCAAUUAUUCAGACCUUUAUACAUUAAAAUAGAUUAGCUGAAAAUUA